UUUGUGGGAGCCCAUGGGAUAUCUGCUGUAAACUGUCCCAUGUUCUGUCUCUGUUGUCUGGAUCAGAUGUUUUCUACAGUUGACCACCUGAAUCCUCCUCUCUACUGUUCUUCAACUGUAUAGUGCCCUGUACUGUACGCUGCCUGCCAAAAUGGACCCAGACAUGCACCGAGCCGAACGCGCUGUUACUGAUGACUGGGAUGAUUGCAGGAGCAGAUUUCGGGAGCAGGACCAGACAACCUCUUUUUGACUGACAUCUAAUGUAAGGGCAUAAACGAGAUAGGCCUGUCUACCUAAUAUGAUUAUGAUGGUCAUAAUGCUUCUUGACUGUGUCAUAAAGUGUAUUUUUUUUAUGAUUUAAAAUAUGAUGGAAAAACAACAACAACAAAAUAUUUAAUGAACUAAAUUUUAAGCGAAAGGAAACUUCUUGUCAGGGAAAAAACAAAUUAGAAUAACUGUAGGUUUUGAUCCUCUUAUGUAGGUGUCACAACGAGCCAGAAAAGAACGCAAUGUAUGUCACAACAGGUGUAAAUAUAUGGGACAUGAUACUGUUAUGAAGAUACAUUAGGUUGCUAUUAUUGCUCUAUUUAUCCAGCAGGAUUUUCAGUGAUGCACAGGUCCAUUAUACAAUCUACAAGUAAAAAUGUAUUCUACGGGAUCUCAGUUGGUUUCAAAUCUACAUGCUUCCUAUCUUUGCAGGCCGAAGUCUAAAACCUCUCUUUCCCAGACAUGCAACACUAGAGCAGCCUGGAUGCCUUGGCUCCGGCUCUGCCCUGCUGUUUGUGCUGUGAUCUCAGUCAGUCAGCAAGCUCCACCCCUUCCAGAGCAAAAACUCAAUAAGCCUUGACAAACCACACCGGCAGCUGGAGAAUGACACCGUAUAACCACGCUCAUUUUGCCUGGGCCUUUCAUUAAUCAGAUGCACUGUUUUCCACUGUAGAAACCAAAGUGGGUCAGUCAACUGCCCUGGAGAAACUUGAGAGUUUCUCUGCUUACUUAAUAGAGAUUACAGGGGCCUUUCACUUCCUCUAAAAUAUGUCAUUCAUGAAUAAUGUUGGUCAUGUAGUUAUGGCUACAUCAUUGCUGUAGAUAAACAGGUUUUAGACAUUUUUCUUCAUUGCCAGUUGACCAAGAAUCGCAGUCUAACCAUUAUAAUAUCUAUCCUUCCUCUUUCACUUUCAUUAGUCAUUCAACCACCCGGCCGUGAGAGCCAGGCCCUGUCCAGUGGGAGGACAGCAGGGCAGGAGGGAAACUCAGGAACCCAAGACCUUGUUGGACGUACAAGCUUACCUGUCCAAACCACUCAUCUGUCAUCCAACAGUGACAAUGUCCACACUGUCUGUCCUCCAGUGCCUAAGGCAGACAGUACUUUUGCUGCCUGUCCGCCAUACAGAGCUCACAGUGACAGUGAUGGGAGGUUAACCAGGGAGGAGCUGCUAAGCCAGACAGACCUGGCAGGAGGGACACCCUCGACUGUGUAUCAGCCACAGAUCUCCUCGGUCCAACCAGACAUGACAGCAUCCACCCCAUCAGAAGAGCCCCCACCCUACAGCCCACCUGACCCCAAGAUGACCUAUAUUAUCUAUCCCCCACAACCACCUCACUACCCAGGACCCCCUGUCAUAGCCUGCCAGCCAGGACCCAACCAGCCAGCCUUCUACCAGGCCCAGUUCAUGCCUUCACCCAGCUACCCUCCCAACACCAUAUACAUGAGCGGCCCUCCACUGGGGGACGAGCAGCCUCCCCUGCCCAAGGACUACAUGGUGGAGUCCCUGCUGGUCACCAUCUUCUGCUGCCUUAUGAGUGGCCUCAUCGCCCUUUUGUACUCAUAUGAGACCCGUGCUGCUCUGGCCAGAGGGGACAUGAGGGAGGCAGAGAGGGCUUCCCAGAAGGCCCGUUUGCUGGUGUUGUUCAGCCUGAUGUUUGGGGUGUUUGUUUGUGUGGGAUGGAUCAUAUAUGUAGUGAUAUCUCUCUGUGCAUAACGAUUUGCACCUGAUAAACAUCUACUCAUUUACAUUUGAGUAAUUUAGCGUACGCUCUUAUCCAGAGUGACUUACAGUUAUUGCAUUAAUCUUAAGAUAGCUAGUUUUGACAACCACAUACACUCCCACCUUUGUUGCUAUAACAGCCUCCACUAUUCUGGGAAGGCUUUCCACUAGAUGUUGGAACAUUGCUGCGGGGACUUCCAUUCAACCACAAGAGCAUUAGUGAGGGUGGGCACUGAUGUUGGGCGAUUAGGCCUGGCACGCAGUUGGCGUUCCAAUUCAUCCCAAAGGUGUUCGAUGGGGUUGAGGUCAAGGCUUUGUUCAGGCCGGUCAAGUUCUUCCACACCAAUCUCAAUAAACCAUCUCUGUAUGGACCUUGCUUUGUGCACGGCGGUGGAUAGAGCGUUGGGCCAGUAACCAAAAGGUUGCUGGAUCAAAUCUCCAAGCUGACAAGGUAAAAAUCUGGCGUUCUGCCCCUGAACAAGGCAGUUAACCCACUGUUCCCCAGUAGGCCGUCAUUGUAAAUAAGAAUUUGUUCUUAGCUGACUUGCCUAGUUAAAUAAAUAAACUGUUGCUACAAAUUUCGAAGAACAGAAUCGUCUAGAAUGUCACUGUAUGCUGUAGCAUUAAGACUUCUCUUCACUGGAAAUAAGGGACCUAGCCCGAAACAUGAAAAACAGCUGCAGACCAUUAUCCCUCAUCCACCAAACUUUACAGUUGGCACUAUGCAUUGAGGCAGGUAGCGUUCUCCUGACAUCCACCAAACCCAGAUUCGUCCGUCAGACUGCCAGAUGGUGAAGCGGGGUUCAUCACUCCAGAGAACACGCUUUCACUGCUCAAGAGUCCAACGGCGGCAAGCUUAACACCCCCCCCCAGCCGACGCUUGUCAUUAAGCAGGGCGAUCUUAGGCUUGUGUGCAGCUGCUUGGCACGAAUAGUUAUUGUGCUGACGUUGCUUCCAGAGGCAGUUUGGAACUCGGUAGUGAGUGUUGCAACUGAGGACAGAUGAUUUUUGCUAGAGCGGCACCCUCCUGCAGAGGAGAGCUCUAGCAGGACAGAAAUCUGACAAACUGACUUGUUGGAAAGGUGGCAUCCUAUGGCGGUGCCACGUUGAAAGUCUCUGAGCUCUUCAGUAAGGCCAUUCUACUGCCACUGGUUGUCUAUGGAGAUUGCAUGGCUGGGAGUUCGAUGUUAUACACCUGCCAACAACGGGUGAGGCUGAAUUAGCCAUAUCCACUAUUUUGAAGGGGUGUCCACAUACUUUUGUAUGUAUGGUGUAUCUCAGUCAUAAUAAAUACAUUUUUCCUCAAUAAAGUUGCUAACAGCAAAUUCAGUGCUAGUAAG